GCACUGGCCAGCAUGAGUCUGAAUACUCAGCCCAUUCUUAAUCUGGAGAAGUUCCACGAUGGGCAGGAGGUGCCACUGCUGCUGGGAAGACCACAGAAUGAUUUGCAGUCUACUCCCUCCACAGAAUUCAACCCUCUGAUCUAUGGAAAUGAUGUGGACUCUGUGGAUGUGGCUACCAGGGUUGCUAUGGUGAGAUUCUUCAACUCACCAAAUGUUUUGCAAGGUUUCCAGAUGCAUACUCGCACUCUUCGUCUCUUCCCACGACCAGUGGUGGCCUUCCAGGCAAAUUCUUUUCUUGCCUCUCGGCCGAAGCAAACGCCUUUUGCAGAUAAGCUUUCCAGGACACAGGCAGUAGAAUACUUCGGAGAAUGGUCACUCAACCCUACUAACUAUGCUUUCCAAAGAAUUCAUAACAACAUGUUUGACCCAGCACUGAUUGGUGACAAACCGAAGUGGUAUGCUCACCAGCUGCAGCCCAUCCACUAUCGGGUCUAUGACAGUAACUCACAGCUGGCUGAAGCACUGAAUGUCCCAGUAGAGAAAGAAACGGACUCCGAUCCCACUGAUGACAGUGGCAGUGACAGUGUCGACUAUGAUGACUCCAGUUCCUCCUACUCCUCCCUCGGUGACUUUGUCAGUGAGAUGAUGAAAUGUGAUAUUAAUGGCGAUACCCCAAAUGUUGACCCCCUGACUCAUGCGGCCCUUGGUGAUGCUAGUGAAGUGGAAUUUGAUGAUUUUCAAGAAUAUUCAGGGGAUCUGGAUGAACAGGCCAUGGAUAGUGAAAACUCCCAAGAGAACAACCAGCCUCGUUCAAGUUCCAGUACUACAGCCAGUAGCAGCCCCAGCACUGUCAUCCAUGGAGUGAAUCAUGAGUCAGCAGAUUCAGCAGAAAUGGAAGAGAAGUUGGUUGCUGGAUUUUCAAACAAUCUCCCUUCCUUGCCACUGCAACCAAGCUUUCCCAAGAUAAGCUUGGAUCGUCGUGAGAGCGACAGUGCAGCUGGCAGCAUGAGCUCCUCAGAAGGGGUGGUGAGGAAGCGAGAGUAUGACAAUCCGUACUUUGAACCGCAGUACGGUUUUCCUACGGAGGAUGAAGAUGAUGAGCAGGAAGAGAGCUACACCCCGAGAUUUAACCAGAAUCUCAAUGGAAGCAGGUCUCAGAAGUUACUCCGUCCAAACAGUUUAAAACUGGCCAAUGAUUCUGAUGCAGACUCAGAUUCCAGGGCCAGCUCCCCAAACUCUACUGUCUCCAACAACAGCAGCGAAGGUUUUGGGGGCAUCAUGUCUUUUGCAAGUAGCCUGUACAGAAACCACAGCACAAGUUUCAGUCUGUCCAACUUAGCCCUACCAACCAAAGUUGGGAGAGACAAGAAUACUCCCUUUCCCAGUCUGAAAGGAAACAGACGAGCCCUUGUGGAUCAAAAGUCUUCAGUCAUUAAGCACAGCCCUACAGUGAAGAGAGAAUCUCCAUCGCCUCAGGGACGAACUAGUAAUUCCAGGAAAGCCUACAGGUCAGACAAGGCAGCUGUGGGAGAAGGUUGUGGCAUAGAGGAUUUUGAGGAGUGCUGUGAAG